AUGUACAAAGUAGUGGCAACUUUAGUAGCUUGUGCUUUCUGUACUUUAAAUCAUAAGUUGUUUAAUUGUAAAAAAUUCUCUAAAGAAAGUGUCGAUGCGCGUCGUGAGUUCGUUCAAACUCAUCGUUUAUGUUUUAAUUGCUUCGGUUCAGAUCAUUCGGUAUAUCAGUGUACAGCGUCAACUAGGUGUCGACUCUGUAGAAAAAAACACCACAGCCUACUACAUCCCAAAAAUCCAAAAUCAGCUAGCGAUCCUAAGAGUGUCACGGCUGAUGAGUCUGUGAAGGAGGCUGAAAGAGUUAAGCCAAAUUUACCACUAACCAGUGGUGAGCAAUCAAUUCCACAAGUAGUCACUUGUGUUUCAAACAUGCUCGGGCAAGUCUUAUUGGCUACCGCCCUAGUAAAGGUAGAGUGUCCUAAAACGAAAUCUACCUUUUUCCUGAGAUCUCUUCUAGAUCAGGGGUCUCAGGCAUCGUUUAUAACAGAGUCUGCUGUACAAAUGUUGGCACUCAAAAGGACUCCUGGGGCCAGUCUUGUAUCAGGUCUUGGCAGUGACCAAGCGACCUUAGCUUCAAAGUCGUUUGUGUUUAUAAAAAUUCAGUCCCGUCUUGACCCAAGCUUUACAAUUACUGUUAAAGCUCAUGUACUCAGCAGACUCACAACCUUUCUACCAAGUAGUAAGGUCGUUGUUCAAGUGUUGCCCGCACUUCCGUCGAAUAUGUUGGCGGAUCCUACAUUUGAUAUGCCAAAUAAAAUCGACUUGCUCCUCGGGGCUGAGGUAUAUAGCCAGAUUCUAAUGGAAGGGAUAAUCAGGGGCCCGUCUAAUUCAAUGGUUGCUCAACGCACGAGAUUGGGCUAG